GAUCCAACAAUAAUGAACAUUGGAUCCUCGUUCGGUUGGUCAUUCCCAAGGCACGAGCGUGACGUGUGAAAGGAGACGUAACGGCUAUAUUUUGACGGGGUCAACUUCUCUGGAAGUCGGUGAUCCACGUGGGCCCCACAAAUAGUCUGCUUCCAAUCCCUCUCAACGGUCCGUUACGCUCUUCUUCUUCUUCUUCGGGUGCUCUGCCUUUUGUCGUCCACUACCAGUGACAGGAGAGAAAUGACGGUCGUCGGAAUAGCCUCCGCACAGUCCAAGAAGCUCAUGAAGUUCAGUCUCUCUCUCUUCCGCCGAGGCUUCAACCCUUCCAAAUGCAAAACGGCGGCGAAGAUGGCGAUGGCUCGGAUAAAGCUACUGAGGAACAAAAGGCAAGUGGUUGUGAAGCAGAUGAGGCGUGACAUUGCUAUGCUUCUUCAGUCCGGUCAGGAUGCCACCGCUCGUAUCCGGGUCGAGCAUGUGAUUAGGGAACAGAAUAUUCUUGCAGCAAAUGAGAUCAUCGAGCUUUUCUGUGAACUAAUUGUCACCCGCCUCACUAUCAUCACCAAGCAGAGGGAAUGCCCUGCUGAUCUUAAGGAAGGAAUCGCCAGUGUGAUUUUCGCAGCGCCCCGAUGCUCAGAAAUUCCCGAACUUGCAGAUCUUAGAGAUACAUUCGAGAAGAAAUAUGGAAGAGAUUUUGUAUCAGCUGCUACCGAUCUGAGGCCCAGUUGCGGUGUAAACCGAAUGUUGGUGGAUAAGCUCUCGGUUAGGAACUCGAGUGGUGAGUUCAAGCUGAAGAUCAUGAAGGAAAUUGCUAAGGAAUUCCAGGUUGAUUGGGACACAACAGAGUCCGAGCAGGAGCUCCUCAAGCCCCCGGAAGAAGUCAUAGAAGGGCCACGGACUUUUGUCAGUGCGUCGAGUUUUCCUGUUAGGCCUGCAGAUCAUGAACCUCUCGAUCGAAAUACCCCAAUGCCCAGAUCGAACAGUUGCAAUGGCGGCGUCACCACGCAUUUCCAAGACACAGAAUCUGCAGCCGAAGCAGCUGCUGAAUCAGCCAUGAAAGCGGUAGCUGCAGCACAAGCAGCUGCCUUUCUGGCAAACAGAGACGUCAAGCAAUUCUCCGAACCAUCGUCAAUCGGUAACACUACAAACCCGAAGAACCCACAUUACAUGGAUCAUCAUCCCCAUUCUGGACAUUCAGCUUCAAGAGCACAAUCCCAAGACUCUGAAAUAAGCUCGGGAAAACGCUCCGUGGAAGACAGAAGAAGAGCCUGUAGGAGACGCAGCAGCUAUAACGCUGGCUCGGGCAUAAAGUUUGAUGAAUCUGACAACGAGGAAGACACCGGGACAACAGAAGAAGAAGCAGCCGAGAAAAAAGCAGACACUUUCAGGGUCAAGAGGCACAGUAACAACUCUGCUGCUCGGACAGAGAUCAACUUCGAUGAGUCAGACUACGAAGAGGAGACAGAACCAGAAGAAAACAGGUCAGCAGUGGCUCGCUUUUCAUCUCUCCCUCCCACUCGGCCACCGCCCCAAGCUCCUCCUCCUCCUCCUCCAUCGGAGGCCAGACGAGACUCUGGAGGUCACCAUGUUCACCCGAAACUUCCCGACUACGAUAUGUUGGCUGCUCGAUUUGAGGCUCUCAAGCGCCGUAAAUCUCAUGGCUGAGUUGCAUUUUUCUGCUGAAAUUCCGGCUUCAUUGGACUUGCAGCUAUAAUAAGGGGAACGUAUAUGUAAUAUCCAAAGUGCAUAGUGUUGGGGUUAUAUUCUUUUGUAUGGGGCAUCGUAUUAUACUCUGAAAAUUCCAAGAGUGGUGUAUUAUUUAUUCCUUUUAUAUA